AUGUCAUCCACGGCGCCACUGUUCGCCCCGCUGGACGGUGACCGUGCGGCCGAGGCGCCUCUCCCCGACUCGCUGGCUGACCGCGAGUCGGUGCGCAAGCUGCUGGCCAUACUGGACCAGGCAGUGGCCGGCUGUGACGGCGCUCUGGAGGCCACCCUCAAACAAGCCACCCGGGACCCGCUGUCGACCUCGGUCACGGCGAGCAGCGCAUCGGCUGGCGGAUCGAAGCUCUUCGGGCAGGCCAUCGGCCGGGACCUGGACGCCAUCUCCGCCGGCAAUGUCCUGUCCCUGGGCGCACGGACGCUCACCCGUGCCAGCUCGCGCCUGGAGUCGCUCCUGGACUCGGAUGCCCCGCGGUUGGUGAACCUGUUGGACGCCAGCGCCACCUUGGCGGAAGGGGUUAGCGCCAAUGUGCGCGAGCUCGACGCCAAGCAGGCCCGCGUCCAAGCGGCCCUCGAGCGCGUGGACAUCCUGCUGGACAUCCAGAACACCAUGAGUUUCCUGUGCGACGCCCUCAAAAAUGACAACCCCGCCACGGCCAGCAUCUACGUCAGCCAGCUGAUGAGCUGGCGCGUGCGUGGCCAGGCGCUGGCCCUGGGCCAGGGCCCGGUGGGCUCGGGCCGCUCGACGCGCACCGGCCUGGCCCCCCUUGGCGAUGGCUCGCCCAUGAUCCAAUCGGCCGCGGCCUUUCUCUCCUCGUCCAACGCCGGGGCCGCAUCUCACGCCCUGGCGGCCACCAGUGCCUUGGAUGCCCUUCAAAGCAUGGCUCUUGGUCGGCCGGAGUCCGUGCAGGCGGCGCGCUUGCAUUUGGCCGCCGGGCCAGCCCCGGGCCAGUGCGCGGUGGCUUGGCUGCUGAUGGUUCGCCACUGGCUGGCCUGCACCAGCUGGGCGGAAUUUCGCCGGAACUGUCCCUCCUUCCGGGCCGUGUGCGCCGCCCUCGGGGUCACCCUGGCACAUGCCCAAUCUCUGGCCGCCCGGCAGGCCCUGCUGGCGACGACGUCCCCGCGUGCCGGCCGCCCGGGCGCCGCCUCGCGCUCUGACCCGCCCCUCGGGGCGGCCGACUUGGCCGCCGAGUACAUCCGCGUGCUGUCGCACUUCGAUCGGGUGUACCGCUUCCAGGAGGCGGCCUUUUUGGAGGCCGAAAAGUCGACACACCCGCUGCUCGGGGACUUCGAGCGCGAGCGUGCCGCCAUCAAGUGCCUCUCUUCGCUUGGAGGGUAUGACGCCCGCAGGGCGGUGCAGGCAUUUGCCCUGUCGGUCGGCGGCCGGGUCGCCUGCUUGCCGGCCGUGGCAUCGCUCAUCUCCAACCCCGGGGAUACGCUCCUGCCGUCCGGCGGCUCGGGCGUCACCACCACCGGUGCCACCGGGCCAGGCCAUGUCAGCGAGAAGAUCACCCGCGCUCUGGAGGAGGUGGCCCAGUUCCUGGACGCCGCGGUCCCCUGGACCGAGUCCCAUCUGUCCAGCGGGCUGAUUGGCUCGGGGGUGUGGAUUUGCUGCGACUUCACCCAGCGCGUGGUGGACUUCGCCGCCACGCAGGCCUUCCAUCUGUUGCAAACGGCCUAUCAAAACCCACUGGACAUCGACGGGACUUCGGCUCGUACCUUGGACCAGCACUCCUCGGCGGUGGCUGCCUGCCUGCGACCCAUUCGCCUGUAUCAACGGUUCCUGGAACGCACGCUCGGCGGGUCCUAUAGCUCGCUGCAGUCCGCACACCAGGAGUUCCAGGCCUGGAUCAACAGCCAGCCCGGUGACGAGGAUUCAGCAGCCUCGGGUGCUGAUCCUUGGGACAUGGUCAAAUCCCCGGGGCUCGGCCUGACCGACCCUGACCCCGGUGAGGCAGCCGGCCGGGCAUCGAUCGAUCGACGUGAGGCUCCUGGCCACCUGCCAGGCAGCCUGCCCGACGAACUGGCCCUCUUCGAGGUGGAGGAGCUGGUCCAGGGGCAACCACUGCCACGGAUGCUGGCUGUGGCCGGGCUCCCGGCCAGCCGGGUCUGCCCGUUGGAGCGCCUGCACCCGUCCUCUCGAGGCCCCGGCGCUGCCAUGGGGCCCGGGCCGGAUGGGCGCCGAGCUGAGGCCUGCUUGUGUGUCCUCGGCGCCGAGCAGCUGGCUGCACGCCUGCAACAGCCGCCGCCCCAGCAGCCGGCCCUGGCUCCCGGCUACCAGGCCCUCUUCGGCCGGCAACUGGAUGAUCUCUUCCCUCUGGGCCAUGGGGUUCACAAGUCCCUGAGCGCCGGGAGCUUGGCGCGCUUCCUUCGCCGAGCCAUCGGCCUGGCCCGGCUGCCCAUCGCCAAUCUCUACAUCCAACGGGAGCAGGCAUACCUGGCUCGGGGCCUGGCGGCGGCGGUGCGCUUGGACCCCCUCUUCGCGGCGCAGAUCGGCUCGUCGGCCUCCGCCAGUGCGGCGGCGGUGGCUGCUUCGUCCUCCUCGUCGGCCGCUGUGGCCGCUGUGGCUGCCAUGGCCGGCCACUCCGGCUCCUCGGCCUCCUCCACGUCCACCCUGUCUUUGAGUCACUUUGGUGCGGGGAUCUCCCUUGCCGGGGCCAUGGGAUCCGCCGGCGGGUCGGUGGCCGACGAUCCGACCGAGAUUUCGGUCCCCUCGCCGACCAAUGACGCGGCGGCCCUGGCCACCAUCUUGGCCUCGGAGGCGCAAUUCCUCGGAGGCGGGGCCGGCUCCGGCGCCAGCGCCAGUGCCCCGCGGUCUCCGUCGACUCGGACCCCGGGCCAUGGGGCCCCUUCGGCGCCGGGCGCCGGGCCUCGGCGGGCCCUGGCCACCGGGUAUUUUGCGGCGCUCUUCGGCGGCCCGGCGGCCGGUACUGCGGCCGAUCCACUGCCCGGGCAUCCGGCCGGCGAUGCCCUGCACAAUCCCACCCGCUACCACUCCCCCUCGGUGGAUGAUGCCUUCUAUGUCCUGCAAACGGCCCUGCGCCGCGCCAUCCGCAUGACGCGUCACACCGAUGCCUCCGGGGCGGUGAUUCUAUCGGCGGCCGAGGCCCUUGAGGCGCCGGCCAUCUCGGCGGGCAUCACGGCCCCCUCCUCCCUGCCCGGAGGAACUGCCUCGACGGCCGCCUCCAGCGCCAGCUUCGUGACUGCCCUGCACUCGGCCACCAACAGUGCUCUGGCGCGCGCCAGUGCCCUGGCCCGGGCCGUGCCCUCGGCCACGGCGGCUCCCUGCCAGCAAACCAAGUGCUCACUGUCCGACGUGUCGCAGUCGCUGCUUGCCGAGACCGGGCUCUCUUCGCGCAUGCCCGGUGGUGGCCUCAUGGUUUGGGCGAUGCUGGUCAUCAACAACAUCCACCUGUCGGCGCAGUACACCGAGCGCCUGCGUGGCGAAGUGGCACACUAUGUCAGCGAGAGCUUCCCAGUCAAUGUGCCAGCCGCCGCCGAGGCUGACCUGGCCCUGAGCACGCACGUUGGGUCCCUCAGCGAGAACCAGAUGGAACGCGAGAAGAUCGAGCAGUGCCUUGUUAGCCUGGACCCACGGCCCAUUGUCCGGUCGGUGGAUGACCUGCUCCUGCGCUUGACUCGUGCCUCGCAGGCUGAGAAGCGCCUCUCCCGCCUGAUCCGCUACUCGGCCUCCUACUCGCUGGUGUCGAUCCUGGCCGCCGGCGUGCCGACUACCCCAUCGGAUUCGCCGAUCCUCGGCUCACGCGACUCCUAUGACAGUCCGCACAUGUUUGAUGAGACCAGCGACUUUGGCUUUGCCCGAAGCGUCUGCGAUUCGGUGGCCCACAUCGCGGAGUUCUUCAAGCACGUGCACUUGUGUCUAGCGCCAAUCAUUUCGCGCGCCAUCGAGUCGAUCCUCGAGCCGGAGGUGGCUUUCUCCACGGUGGCCGCGCUGAACCGCCAUCUCGAGGCGUCGCAGCGCCUGCACCUUCGAUGGGGGUCCUUUUCCCCGGAAAUUGGCUGGACCCCUGGCUCGGCCGUGCGCAUGGCCGGGUCCCUGGACCAGGUGGACAAUUUCCUCCACUCCAUUGCACCGCCCUCCGGUGCCUUGGGCUGGGCCGGUGGCGCGGACUCCGACGCCCUGCAUGACCUCGGCUCUAGCCAUCUAUCCCGGCCGAAGCGCAUUGUCCGCAUCCUCGAAUGCUCCACCCUCAAGGAGGCUCGCUACAUCGGCCAGGCAUCUGCCCCCUCGAUUGACGCGUCGAAGCGCGAGUCUGGCCUGGACAUCGAGCGUGUGUGGAGCUGGGUGUCGCGUGUGUGA